AUGACAGCCAAAAUUCUAUGCUGGGUGCUUCCGCUAGUACUAAGGUUAACUUGGGCAGGUUCUAAUGAGAACGGUGGCGACGGGGGUUCUCCUGGCGAUCCAGGGUCGGGAGUAGAAGAUCCGGAUCAAGGUGACACUGUGAAUCCUAUUACUGAAGAGAUAUUCUCAUCGUGGGCGCUCUUUAUUUUGCUGUUUCUUUUGAUAUCAGCACUUUGGUCUAGUUACUAUUUAUCGCAGAGACGUAUUCGUGCUGUGCAUGAAACGGUGCUUUCUAUUUUCUACGGGAUGGUAGCUGGGCUAAUUAUACGGCUUUCGCCAGGACACUAUAUUCAAGAUGCUGUUACGUUCAAUUCUUCGUACUUCUUUAACAUUUUGUUACCACCGAUUAUCCUAAAUUCAGGGUACGAAUUGAACCAGGCGAACUUUUUCAAUAAUAUUGUUUCAAUUCUGACGUUUGCGAUUCCUGGAACGUUUAUAUCCGCUGUAGUGAUGGGUGUUAUCCUUUAUAUUUGGACAUCUCUUGGUUUAGAAAAUAUUAAUAUCCCAUUCAUUGACGCAUUGCAGGUUGGAGCAGCGCUCUCGGCAACUGACCCGGUGACAAUAUUGUCGAUCUUAAAUGCGUACAAAGUAGAUCCGAAGCUUUACACCAUCAUUUUCGGUGAAUCACUAUUGAAUGAUGCAAUCUCUAUCGUGAUUUUUGAAACUUGCCAAAAGUUCCAUGGUAAACAAAUGAAGUUCUCUUCCGUUUUCGAAGGUAUCGGACUAUUCCUCAUGACAUUUACUAUCUCGCUGCUUAUUGGCUUUAUGACUGGGGUGCUGGUAGCACUGAUUUUAAAACACAGCCAUAUCAGAAGAUACCCGCAAAUUGAAAGCUGUUUAAUCUUGCUAAUUGCGUACCAGUCUUACUUCUUUUCCAAUGGAUGUCAUAUGUCGGGUAUUGUAUCGCUUUUAUUCUGUGGCAUAACUUUGAAGCAUUAUGCUUACUAUAAUAUGUCUCGAAGGUCACAGAUUACAAUCAAAUACAUUUUCCAGCUUUUGGCGAGAUUGUCAGAGAACUUCAUAUUCAUUUACUUAGGGUUAGCGUUGUUUACCGAAGUGGAAUUAGUCUAUAAACCAGUUUUAAUUAUAGUGACAGCCAUAUCUAUAUGUGUGGCACGUUGGUGUGCAGUUUUCCCUCUUUCCGACUUUGUGAAUUGGUUGUACCGGGUUCGCACAAUGCGUUCCCUAAGUGUAGUCACUAACUCGGUCAGUAUCCCUGAUGAAAUUCCCUAUCAAUACCAAAUGAUGACUUUUUGGGCAGGUUUGCGCGGAGCAGUUGGUGUAGCGCUAGCUAUGGGCAUUGAAGGUGAGUUCAAAUUUACUUUACUUGCAACAGUGUUAGUUGUUGUGGUUUUAACUGUAAUUAUCUUUGGAGGUACUACUGCUAGUAUACUGGAACUUUUGAAUAUAAAAACUGGAGUGGAAGAUACUGAUGAUACUGAUGAUGAGUUUGAUAUUGAAGCUCCACGUCCUGUACAUUUAAGAACAUCUCCUGAUGGCCAGGCAUAUCGCGAUGAUAGUGCCGAAUACAACGGCUCGAGCUUCUCUCCAAUUAUACCGCGCUCUUCAGAUGAUUUGCACGAUCCUAAAAACUUGCAAAAUAAAUCUGAUGGUAGAAAUGUUAGAGAAACUGUUGACCACCUUUUCCAAGGGAAUUCGCAAUGGUUCAAUAGGUUUGAUGAGCAAGUCUUGAAGCCUGUAUUUCUGGAUAACGCCUCUCUUUCGCCGCAUUCAAAUAGUCCGCAAGGUAACAGUAAUAAUUUAGGAAAUAGACGUUGA